ACCGCAUUAAUUUAUCUCUCUCCCUCUCUCUCUCUUUUUUUUAUCCCGAAGACGGAAAAACCCAUACGGAGAGGGAGAUGGGGAGGGAGAAAGAAAUAACGUGAGAGUGUUGUGUUCCCUUUACAAGAUUUCCUUGAAAUGAGAAAUCAUUGCCUUUAAAGCUCUUCCUCUCGGCGCUCAGUGAAUGAUCCUGACACUCUCAUAUCAUCUAAUCCUCAUUUCACACACCAAAAAAAAAAAUAAAUCCUAGAACCUCCUCUCUUCUCUUUCUGCACUCUCAAAUCUCUCUGUUUUCUUUUUUUAAAAAUAAAAUUAGUGGAGGUGUUUGGCUAUGGCGAUUGUAUCACUUGUUAUUUUGCCGUUAGGCGUUUUCUUUUUUUGUUCAGGUUUCAUUGUUAAUCUCAUUCAGGCAAUUUGCUUUGUUUUUAUUCGGCCUUUAUCAAAGAGCACGUACAGAAAAAUCAAUAGGCAAUUAGCGGAAUUGUUAUGGCUCGAACUCGUUUGGAUCUUCGAUUGGUGGGCUGGAGUCCAGAUCAAAGUGUUUACAGAUCCAGAAACUUUCCGUUUGAUGGGUAAAGAACAUGCACUUGUUAUGUGCAACCACAGAAGCGACAUAGAUUGGCUUGUCGGAUGGGUUUUGGCUCAGCGAUCUGGGUGCCUGGGAAGUGCUUUAGCUGUCAUGAAAAAAUCAUCAAAAUUUCUUCCGGUGAUAGGUUGGUCAAUGUGGUUUUCUGAAUACCUUUUUCUUGAAAGAAACUGGGCCAAGGAUGAAAACACAUUAAAGUCUGGUCUGCAACGGCUAAAGGACUUUCCACGUCCAUUUUGGCUGGCUCUUUUUGUGGAAGGAACUCGCUUUACUCAGGCAAAGCUUUUAGCAGCUCAGGAAUAUGCAGCUUCUCAAGGACUGCCUAUCCCCAGAAAUGUUUUAAUUCCUCGUACGAAGGGAUUUGUUUCAGCGGUGAGUAAUAUGCGUUUAUUUGCACCAGCCAUAUAUGAUAUAACAUUGGCUAUCCCAAAGAAUUCUCCUCCACCUACAAUACUCAACCUCUUUAAGGGGAAAUCUUCUGUGGUGCACGUACACAUAAAGCGGCAUUUGAUGAAGGAAUUGCCAGAAACAGAUGAUAGUGUUGCACAGUGGUGUAAAGAUAUUUUUGUGGCCAAGGAUGCAUUACUGGACAAGCAUAUGGCUAAUGACACCUUCAGUGCCCAAGAAUUGCAAGAUCAUGGUCGAUCAAAGAAGUCUCUUGUGGUUGUUACCUCUUGGGCGUGCCUCCUUGUUUUUGGGGUGCUGAAAUUCCUUCAAUGGUCUUCCCUUUUGUCCUCACGGAGGGGUAUAGCAUUUACAGUGUUGGGUUUGGCUGUCGUUACUGUCCUAAUGCACAUCUUGAUUCGGUUUUCUCAGUCAGAGCGUUCAACACCUGCCAAGGUUGCUCCAGCGAAGACCAAGAAUGAAGGAAAACCUUCAGAGACAGGAGAUGACAAACAACACUGAGUGGAGUGUUUGUCAAUUAUCACAUACAUUGGCAACUCAUUGGCAGUCAGUUUUGUGAUAAUGUGUAGUUUGGGUGUCUCCCCUGCUUUUUCACCUUGUGAGUUCUCAUCUUAAACUAGUCAUAGUAAUGUCUUUCACAACGGCACAGUUUGUAUGCAUAUCAAUUCAUUAUUUGCUAGUCAAAUAGGUUAUUUUGUGUAGAUUGGGUCCAAACUGAUCAUGGCCUGUAUGUAUCGCCUCUUAAAUUAGGCUAGUCGUUUACCCAUUUACAGGUUUUCCCUUGCCCACCUUCUGAUAAAAUUUUCAGAUAGUCCGGAACUCAAACUCAGCACAUUUUUCAGUGUCAUUGGGCUUCUGCAAUGUAGUUGUGCCGUGUUUUU